CAAACAAACAAACAAACAACUUGCAUGACUGCCAUGGCUGCCUAGGUCGGCAUCAAGAAACAAAAUCCAUGCCGGUUCUUAUUAAGACAACUUUGGAGGGCUAAAUAAUUAUGUUUUCGACUAAGCUGAAGAAGGAAAAGGUGCACGACGAGAGCAUUUGGAGCUGCUCAUGGGGCCAAUUGAAAAUCACAAAGGAAAAGGAACCUAAAGAAGAGGAUGAAAAUGAAGAGCAAGCUGACAGAGAGUCUCCAGUUCAAGAAGAGGAAAUUUUAGAGUUUGUUGUCAGCGGGGGAUUGGACGACACUGUCAAAGUUUGGCAGUAUAAUGACUCUGUUUCUGGAGACAAUUCUUUGAAGCUGCGAAAUAGCUGGGAUGGACACUACUUAGGGGUAGUCUCUGUGGACGUCAGCACAGAAGGAACAAUGAUUGCUGCAAGCUGUAUGGAUUCUACAAUAAAAUUGUGGGAAGUUACCAAUGGCAAAAAGUUCUGCACAAUCGAUGCUGGCCCUGUUGACGUGUGGACCGUCGCAUUUUCUCCUGACUCUCAACACGUUAUCUCCGGAAGCCACUCAGGCAAGAUUCACAUGUACAAAAUUGAUGGCAGUCUAGAGCAAACCUUGGACACCAGAGGGAAAUUUACAUUGAGCAUUGCAUAUAGCCCUGAUGGGAAGUACAUUGCCAGUGGCGCCAAUGACGGAAUUAUCAAUAUUUUUGAUGUGGCCACAAGUAAAUUGGUCCACACAUUAGAGGGUCACGCAAUGCCAAUUCGUUCUCUCACCUUUUCCCCUGAUUCGCAAUUUUUGCUAACUGCGUCUGAUGACGGCCACAUGAAGUUAUAUGAUGUUUCCCACGCAAAUGUUGUUGGAACAAUGUCUGGACACGCCUCCUGGGUGCUGAGUGUGGAUUUCUCGCCUGACAACAAACACUUUGUCUCUGGAAGUGCUGAUCGCACGGUAAAAUUGUGGGAGCUCCAGGACAGACAGUGCUUGCAUACAUUCGCUGAGCACGAGGACCAGGUUUGGGGAGUUAAGUUCAGCCCUGACGGAAAGAAAAUUGUCUCGGUGUCAGAAGACCGCUCGAUUUUUAUUUACGAAUGCAAUUUCCCUGAGCCAGAGCCAGAGCAGCCUGCUGAGGAGCCUGCCACAGAUAUUUUGGACAUGUACAAUUAAUUUUUAAUGUAAGUUAUGCCUGAAAAAUAAAUUGCUUUCAGCACUUUUGUACAAAUGA